AUGCUGGAGACGGCGGCGGCAGCGGCCGAGCCGGAGCUGGAGCUGGACCCUGAGGACUUGGUACACUUCUCGGUGGGCGAUUUGCCCAGCCGCGGCUAUGGCGUGAUGGGCGAGAUCCGGCGGCAGGGCAAGCUCUGCGACGUGACCCUCAAGGUAGGGGACCAUAAAUUCAGCGCUCACCGGAUCGUGCUGGCGGCUUCUAUCCCGUACUUCCACGCCAUGUUCACCAACGACAUGAUGGAGUGCAAGCAGGAUGAGAUUGUCAUGCAGGGGAUGGAUCCCAGUGCACUUGAGGCUCUGAUCAACUUUGCCUACAACGGUCACCUGGCCAUAGAUCAGCAGAAUGUCCAGUCCCUGCUGAUGGGAGCAAGUUUCCUUCAGCUGCAGAACAUCAAAGAUGCUUGCUGCACUUUCCUCAGAGAGAGGCUUCACCCUAAGAACUGUCUGGGCGUGCGGCAGUUUGCAGAGACGAUGAUGUGCGCCGUGCUCUACGACGCUGCCAACAGCUUCAUUCAUCAGCACUUCGUGGAGGUAUCCAUGUCUGAAGAGUUCCUGGCACUGCCUUUUGAAGACGUCCUGGAGCUCGUUUCUAGGGAUGAGCUCAACGUGAAGUCUGAAGAGCAGGUAUUUGAAGCUGCGUUAGCUUGGAUACGGUAUGACCGAGACCAGAGAGAGUCGUUCCUACCCGAGCUCCUGUCCAAAAUCCGCCUACCCCUUUGUCGACCUCAGUUUCUCACUGACCGCGUGCAACAAGAUGACCUGGUCCGCUGCUGCCACAAAUGCAGGGAUCUAGUUGAUGAGGCAAAAGACUAUCACCUCAUGCCAGAGCGCCGGCCACACCUCCCAGCGUUCAAGACCCGUCCUCGGUGCUGUACAUCGAUCGCAGGCCUGAUUUAUGCUGUUGGAGGACUUAACUCAGCAGCAAAUUUUUAUGCAGGUGACUCGCUGAAUGUGGUGGAAGUCUUUGAUCCCAUUGCCAACCGCUGGGAGAAGUGCCAGCCGAUGACGACGGCCCGGAGCCGAGUCGGGGUAGCGGUGGUGAACGGACUGCUCUACGCCAUCGGCGGCUACGACGGUCAGCUGAGGCUGAGCACCGUGGAAGUUUACAACCCGGAGGUGGACUCCUGGUCCAAAGUGGAAAGUAUGAACAGCAAGCGAAGUGCCAUGGGAACAGUGGUGCUGGAUGGUCAGAUCUACGUAUGUGGCGGGUACGAUGGGAACUCAUCCCUCAACUCCGUGGAGUCCUAUUCUCCAGAAACGAACAAGUGGACAGUGGUGACCCCCAUGAGCUCCAACCGCAGCGCCGCUGGAGUCACCGUCUUCGAGGGCCGGAUCUACGUAUCGGGAGGGCACGACGGCCUACAGAUCUUCAACAGCGUUGAGUACUACAACCAUCACACGGCCACCUGGCACCCCGUCGCCAGCAUGCUCAACAAACGCUGCCGCCACGGAGCAGCCUCGCUGGGCAGCAAGAUGUUCGUCUGCGGAGGUUACGACGGCUCGGGCUUCCUCAGCAUCGCCGAAGUUUACAGCUCCAUGGCGGAUCAGUGGUACCUGAUCGUCCCUAUGAACACCCGGAGGAGCCGCGUCUCUCUCGUUGCAAACUGUGGCCGUCUCUACGCGGUGGGGGGUUACGACGGACAGUCCAACCUCAGCUCGGUAGAAAUGUACGACCCGGAGACAAACCGCUGGACGUUCAUGGCCCCGAUGGUGUGCCACGAGGGAGGGGUUGGCGUGGGCUGCAUACCCCUCCUGACCAUCUGAGAAGA